AUGUACUUUCAGGGGAGUUUCGGCAACCAAACUGACAAUUCAUGCGUUCAGUUAGCCCUACCUGUUGCAUCUGGAGUGACUGACUGGGCUGUGAAGGUGAACGAUUGGCAUGUUCGAGAUCAACCAUCUAGAGCCUCAGAGGGAAACAUGGAAACUUGCUACGUCUGUGGAGAUAGAGGAUCGGGUGUUCAAUCUGAACGUAAACCAGGGGCACAAGAAGGAAGAGAUAAGAGUAGUUCUUCCUUGUCUGGAGCUGGGAGCUCACAAAUGUAUAUGAACAGCGAAUUGUAUGGUUCUCCUCGUGUUGCCGUACCAACUGUUUCAUCAGAGAAGGGUAACAGCAGAGGAGGACGGCAAGAACCAUUGUCAAGUGAUAUCUGUGUGUAUAAUCAUAGCACUAUGAAUGCCGACCUGAGUACUCUGGCUAAUGUUGUUACUACCCUGGAAGCAAUGAGACAAAGUUCCGAAGAACUUGACCAUAACCAGUCAGUCAGCAAUGGUCAUGCUGGUGAGAAUGGAGAUGGAAGGACAGGUGAAACAACUGCUAUCUCAAGAGCUUUUGAUACGAUGGCUAAAGCUGCUUCCCAACAAAGUUCGACAACAAUGGCUGGUACAAUGCGAGGUGGACCUGGACUUAAUGUGGACACAGAUAAUGAACCACUUUUUGAAGUUGAAGGUCCUCUUCUCUUAGACGACCAUGCUAUUUUCACCCUAACUCUCCCAGACCUCGGGAGGUCUUUCUUAAAUCCUCAAUAUAUCUGUGAGAGUGCUUCACGACUUUUAUUCCUCUCAGUUCACUGGGCUCGUUCCAUUCCAGCAUUCCAACUCCUUUUACCAGACGUCCAAACUGCUCUAGUGCAGGGAACUUGGUGCGAGCUGUUCACUCUUGGUUUGGCACAGUGUUCUCAACUACUUUCACUCCAGACCAUCCUCAAAGCUGUUGCCGACCAUCUUAAGAGAAGUGAUGAACAAGGUCAGCUUCUAAUGAACUUUAUAGAGUUACAUUCUACUUCUUAA